AUGAGCAUUGUGGAUCGACGCACAAACGUGAAGUUGAAAUCUGAUGAAAGUUUAAUUGACUCAGAUGUAGAUAUCGAGGAGGAACUUGAAAGGGAUAGAGAAGACACAUCUCUCUCAGAGGUCGAUGAAGACGCGGACAAUGAGGAAAGUAUAAAUAAGACCGAGCAGCCCAGAGUUGUAACAGAAGAUAGAUUUUCUCAAAUAAAGAACUACAAAAAGUCCACUCGUGUUCUCACAGCUGCAGAACAAACAUUACAAUCACAGAUUUUACUACUUUGCUCUGCGUUAGGAGGAACUGAUCCUACGUCUGAGAAUAAGAGAGAAUACAUAUUGGGAGUGGAUGCCUUGGCUUGCCUCAAGGAUCUCAAAAGAUGGAUUAAGGCAGUUGAUGAUGCUACUCACAUGUGGCACGUGGCUGCUGCGUGUCACGAGAACGAAUUAGUGGAAAAUGACCUAAUUCCAAUCAUGAUUCAGAUUCCAAAGAGGGCCAAUAAUUCUGAUAGCAAUUACAUGCAAAACAUCCUGCUCUCAGCCCUUGAAUUACUUGUUGCUUUAACAAGGCCUCUUGUAUUGGAUGUCGAAGUAGCCUCGCCUGCACAAAUCGAUUUGUACAUUAAAUUAAAAAAGGCACACGUUAAAUGCAAAGACAAGAUCUUGAACUUUGAUAAUGGCAGAUGUCUAAAGUCGGUGGUUGGCGUUGCAUUACCGAUAUUAGCAUUUCCAAAGGAGAAGAGAACUAAUAGGGAUUCUACUAUCUUAAAUUUGUGCCUAAAUUUCUUCAGAAACGUCAUACGAAUUGGACCGGCUGACUUUACUGUUUCGAAAAAGAAAUCUUCCUCAAAGACACAGCAGGUUAUUGAUAACAUGCCUCCUGGCAUAACCCGAGAUGAUAUUUCUUAUGAUAAUCUGAUCUACAAGUUUAAGAAGAAUAGAGUUCUUAUGUUUGUGCAGACUAUUACUGCUGGAUUGGGUACAGAAUUUGACUCUGAGGUUCUAUUUUCAGCUUGCCUCGAUAUCUAUUUCUAUAUUACAUAUGGUAUUGAGCCCGAAUUGCUGUUUAUUGCUUCAGCAGAGCCUAAAAAUCCAACAACUUCUAGUCCAGCAGAAGUUACGACUCAUCUUACACCACAAUCUGAAACAGGAGCCAGAUUGGCUGACCUCAUGGCCCAAGAAAAGGAAAUAAAAAAGCAACUUUUCAGCAAUAACAUUACCAGACAUGCAAAUUUUGGAACGUUGCUCAGCAUUAAGGAAGGCUCGGAUGAUGCAGCGCUUACUGUAGGAACUCAGAGAAGUUUUCUACGCUCGGAUCCAAUAGAGGAGCUAGAUUCUGGUGUUUCCAAGAAGGUUGCAAGCACAAGAUAUGCGAAUAGAAGUAAGGAAAGUACAAAAUCUGAUUUUGACACUAGUUUUGAAGCGCCCGCUAAGAAGUUUACCAACAGUCGGACUUCCUCCAUUCUUAAAGAAUUUUGCUCGGACUUCACAGAGGCUGGAUUCAGUGUUUUGGGUACUGAAAUACGACGUCAGGUUACUUCCAAUGGUGUCAGUUUAAAUGCAUUUACCGAAUUUCACUACUUUCAAGUUAUGGCUUGGAUUUUGAAAUUUGAGAGAAUACUAAGAGAUGAUUCAAACGACGGACUUUCUUUUAAGAGGUUUGGAUAUAUUAUGAUGUGUUUAGAAGAGCAGAUGAUUCGGAUGCUCCUUGUGGGGAGUUUGCCACAAUAUUUACAGAACAGAGAGUUCAACCUUCUGAGAGCAGCCACGAACUGUUUCAAAGAAAUUCUUCUCACAACCAUAGACAUUCACAGACUGGAUCAGAAAGAUAAUACAAACUUGAAUGAUGAAGAUAAGGAGGAGUUAGAGGGCUACAUCACCGUAUCCGAAGCUGUUCUCAGGAACAUCUUUGCCAAUGAGGAAGUGAUUGAUGUGCUAUUUCGUAUUCCCCAGGAUGCACGGAAAGUGUCCUUAAAUUAUGCCGUUGAUAUGACCGACUUCACAUAUGUUUUAUUCAAAACGUUGCACUAUCUCUCAAAAUUGAAGGUUCCUAUAGUGUUGGCAAAGAAGAUAAGACAGACUAGCAAACGAUACUAUGGAGAAAAUCACGACGCAUCUGUUAUUGGUUCUGAAGACGAGUCCGAUGCGGAAUUUGACGUCGCAGACCCUCAGAAGUUGAAACGAUUCCAAGUUCUUGAUAAAGAAAUAUAUUCCAGAUUCGAGGAAAGGCUAUUCAACGAAAGAAUUGUGGAUACGUAUAUAUGGGUGUUUAGCCGGUUUGGCGAACUUAACGAGAAACAGGUUCGCAGAUGCAUGUCCUACUUCAACAGACUUCUCUUAAAGUGGAAGGAUCAUUUUUUAAAGUUGACCCGUUUGGAUUUCAUGCUCAUCCUUCAUGACCUAAAAAAUGCUCGAUUUUCGGUGCAUACAAUGAAUGACCUAUCCAAAAUGCUGAGCUACUUCAUGCGGAUAUUGGAAAGGUUAUAUAAGCAUAGUAAGACAAUACUACUUGAAACCUUAACCGACCAUCAGGAGCAUGAGAUUGAUGUUAAGUUGUAUUUACUUGGAGGUGACUUGACGACGGUUCGAGAGAAACGCUUUCAAUCUAGGGCUGAAGAUCUGAAGUUUUCUGAGGGUGCUAUGUCUCAUUCGUAUAAGAUUUCUGUGCUAGUAAGUCUUCUAUGCUACGCUGACAAAAUUGACUUGGUACAGGAGCUUAUUCAAAAGCUAACAGACUAUAGGGAUCAAAAAGUGUCUUGGGAAGCUAAGACUGUUAUGGAGGAUGGUAUCACUGGUUUACCAAGCUCGCCUGUCAGUUUCAAAGAAAGACUCGAACUUCCUGAUAAAAUGAUGAGAGAAGAAAAAAGAGAUGCCAGGUUUAGACUACUUCUUCACACAAUUGGAUUUGCCGGAAAUGUCCUUAUAAACCGUACCGCUAGUGACGAACUUAAUCAAACGAUCAGUUUAAUCGACGUCGCAUUGAAAAAUCCAAUGGAAUCUUUUGAAUUGGAGGGAAAGGUGAUACCAGAAUAUGCAGAGCCUGAUGAGCCACCUCAUGAAUCGGAUGUCAUCAUUCAAAAAAGUGGUCCGAAUGAAAAAGGGUUAGAGCCACUUGAAGAUACAGAAAGGGAAGCAAGAGACGAAACUGAUAAAGCUGCUGUUAAGCAUAAUAUUUAUGGCACUGAUAUAAUUGAUUAUAGUGGAUCGGAAGGUUCGGUGGAUGAUUUAGGUGAUGGUAAUGGAUAUGUUGAGGAUAACAUCGACUUGAUGGAGGCUCGAUUGGAUGCCAACGAGAAGAGAAUCAAGGGAAGAGCGCUGAAGAAGAAAAAUAUGAGAUCGAGGAAACGGAGGCACAAGCAUAUAGACCCAGAAGAUGACGAUCCAUUACCGUUUAGCAAAAAGACUGGUGGCAGUAAGAAACGAAAGAAGAAUGCCAGUAUUCCCAUGCAUGAGGGUGUUGAGAAAGUACAGAAGGAAAAGAUUUCUGAACCUAAAAAGCACCUUUCGUCAAAGUUCAUUGACUCAGACGAAGAUGAAUCCGAUGGAGAAAAGAAGACGGCCUUUUUUGAAAGAGAAAAGAGACUUUUGAAGCUUGUCCAUGACAAUGAGAAUAAACCGCUCACACCAGAACAAUACAAUGCUUUAUUUAACUUGGAUUUGGCAAAAGACACUUCAUCUGAAAGUGAAGGCGAUGACUUAAACUUUAGUGAGGAGAAGGAGAUGGAAAACGAUGGGGAUAAGGAAGAAGUGGAGAAAGAAGAGAUAAUCUCAAACGAGUUACACCAGCAUCGAGCAGUCAUUAGGGAUAGUGAGGAUGAAGAAUAA